UUGCAAUGUGAACUUACAAGUUGUCUUCCCUCUACAACCACUCUCUUUAUAGACCAUAAUAAUCAUAGCAAUUCCACGUUGACUUGAAAAACGAAGUAAACGAUAAAUGGCUUAGUGAGUGCCCAAGUGUAUCCUCAACACUCAGUUUUUCAUCAAAGAGCUAGUCAAACAAACAAAAAAUGCUAUAAGAGUGUUCUGAUCAUCUGAUCCAAGAAAAUCUCAAUUUCCACAGAAGCAAGGUUUCAUUCCAUUUUCAUCCUCUAUUGAUUCUCCCAUUAAUUGGAAGAUCAUGACUAUGAUUGCAGAUGCCCUUGUGGGGGAACUGGUUAAGGAACUUCUGGGUGCAGUUAAAGAUGUCAUGAUCAAGGCUGUGAAGUUCAAGUCCUCUCUGGAGAAGUUGAAGAGCACCCUGGAAUCAUUAGGACCAGAUGUGGAUAAGAUAGUAGAACAAUACAGGGCACGGGAUCGUGCAUCGGAAACGAAGAAGCUGGUUGAACUUAUGAAGAGUGGAAAGAAACUUGUUCUGGAGUGCUCUAAUAAAUUUUAUUGGUUGAAGCGUUUAUAUACCAAGGCCCAAUACCAAGAGAAACUUGAAGAGUUGGAUGCAAAAAUUUUUAGGUACUUUCAGCUUGAUAUGCAAGCUAAGAUUGUCAGGACUGUGUUGGACAUUGAGGUGAAGGUUGAUGGAAUCAGUGAGGAUUUGAGAAAGGCUGUUGUUACGAAAAAGGAAAGUGUUGGAUUGAAGGUGUGUGCAGCUCCUACACCCCCGGAAUUCACUGUUGGCUUUGAAGGUCCUCUGAAAGAUUUGAAGCACAAGUUGCUUCGGGAAGAGGUUAAUGUCUCGGUGCUCCCGGUUACUGGUUCACGAGGUUUGGGAAAGACUACAUUAGCCAAAAUGUUUUGCUGGGAUGAACAAGUCAAAGGUAAAUUCAAGGAGAAUAUCUUCUUCGUCACCUUUGCAAAAUCGCCCAACUUGCAUACCAUAGUGCAGAAUCUGUUUCAACACAAUGGUCACCCAAUGCCUGAGUUCCGAAGUGAUGAAGACGCUAAAAACCAAUUGGAAAAUUUGUUGAAACUGAUUGGGAAAAGUGGUCCAAUACUGUUGGUACUGGACGAUGUUUACCCUGGAUCGGAAUCUCUUGUUGACAACUUUGUGUUCCAGAUCCCAAACUACAAAAUUUUGGUGACAUCAGGAUCCGCAAUCACAAGGUUUGGCCCUCCAUACGUCUUGAAACCACUUGGUGAUGAAGAUGCUCUAAAGCUAUUUUGUCUCUCAGCAUCCCUAAAUCAAAAGAGCACUAAUAUCCCUGAUGAUGUUGUGAAAAUGAUAGUGAAAGGUUGUAGAGGUUCUCCCUUGGCACUUUCAGUGACUGGCAAAUCGCUAAGGGACCAGAACUUGGUGUUUUGGCGCAAGAGAGCGAAGCACUUGUCCAAGGGAGGUUCAAUAUUGGGUUAUGAAAAAUAUGUGCUUACUUGCCUCCAAGAGAGCUUAGACAAUUUGGAUCAUAAGGCCAUAGAGUGUUUUAAAAAUAUAGGCUUAUUUCCUGAAGAUCAGAGGAUCCCUGCUGCUGCCCUCAUGGAUAUUUGGGCAGAACUGCAUAAUGAAGAUGAUGAGACUGCAAUGGAGAUCAUUUAUGAACUGGUCAACCUGAACAUGGUUGAUAUUAUUGUCACAAGGAAAGUUGCAAGUGACAUAGUUGACUAUAAUUAUCACUAUGUCACUCAGCAUGGUCUUCUUCGGGAUUUAGCCAUCCUUCAGACUAGUGAGGAGACAGAGGACAAGAGGGAUAGAUUAAUUAUUGAAAUAAAUAGAAAUAAUCUUCCUGCAUGGUGGAGUUUAGAGAACGAGUAUCCCAUUGCAGCCCGCAUAUUAUCCAUAUCAACUGAUGAAGCAUUCUCUUCAGAGUUGUGUAACUUGCAGCCAACUAAAGUUGAGGCUUUAGUAUUGAACCUUCGAGGAAAGAAGUACACACUGCCAAUGUUCAUGGAGAAAAUGAAUAAACUAAAAGUCUUGACAAUUACAAAUUAUGAUUUAUAUCCUGCCGAGUUAGAGAAUUUUGAGAUGCUUGAUCAUCUAUCUAAUCUUAAACGGCUCAGAUUGGAGAAGGUGAGAAUUCCUUUCCUCAGCAAGACCGGAGUGCAACUGAAGAAUCUGCAGAAGUGUUCUUUUUUCAUGUGCAAUGUGAAUGAAGCAUCCGAAAAUUGCACGGCCCAAGUUUCAAAUAUGUUGCCAAAUUUGGUGGAGAUGGACUUUGACUAUUGUACUAUGGUGCAACUUCCAGUUGUGCUCUCUGAUAUUGUUUUGUUAAAGAAUCUUAGGAUCACAAACUGCCAUAAACUUUCUGCACUUCCUGAAGGAAUUGAAAAGUUGGUCAAUUUGGAAUCACUAAGGCUUAGUUCCUGCACUGGUUUAUUAGAGUUGCCAGACUCAAUCACAAGCCUUCAGAAACUAGAAUUUCUUGACAUCUCAGACUGCAUAAGCCUCAGUAAUUUGCCUGAGGGCAUGGGCAAGUUGAGUAAUUUAGAGAAGCUCAAUGUCAAAGGCUGCUCAAGAUUAAUGGAGUUGCCUGCCUCAAUCAUGGAACUUGAGGAUUUAAAGGAUGUGAUAUGUGAUGAAGAGGUGGUUGAAUUAUGGGAACAAUUCAAAAUCAUUCUCGGUAAUCUAAGGCUACAGGUCGUCCAAGUUGACUUCACUUUGGAUUUUCUUCAUAAUUCACGCUGAUGAUUGUUGGAUUGACUAUACAAUCAAGAUUCAAGAGGGAGCGGAAUAAGCUGAAUAAAACUGAUAAGAUGAGAAAAAUUGCCAAGAGAAUUUUUUUUUUCAGAGCAAUUAAGAGGGAAAAGAAUAUCAAGAAUAAAGUUUCUAUGUUUUGUCAUUAUUUUGAUGAUAGAAUAAAAAAGUUAUUCCAUUGCCUGUAAAUUCUAAUAGAAUAAAAUAGCAAAAUUAUGUUUUUUUAAAGAAAAUUUAUAAGUUUUAUUGUCAUUCCAUAAAUUUUUCCAUUCUGUUAGGCCCAAAGUCAGGCAAGAGCCCAAUAUCAUGCAGGAAGGCUUCAAUGAGCCUUUAGUCCAUCAGGUUCCAGUGGGUCCCAAAAUAUGGCAAGUAUAUUCUAGAAGGGGGAAGGAAAAGAUGACUCACAGUUAGUUAGCAAGGGGGGAGACGUGUCAGGUAGAGAGAGAGCUAUUGCCAUCAUGAUUAGUAUAAGGAGUGGGGAAUAGAUUGGGAGGGGGUCAUUCUGUUAGAAUCAAGUUUGAGAGAGGGCAGAAUGCAUAGUGCAUACCUGUAAGGAGCUUAGCUCUGGGCAAGAAGAGAGACUUUCUUUCUCUUUUCCUGUAAUUCAUUCUCCAAUUCAUUGUGAAUAUAAAGCUCUAACAUUUCAUUUUC